AUGGUCGCCGUCGCCUACAUCUGCUACUACACCGGCCUAAUCCUGGUGGAGUGCCUGUACGACGACGACGGCAGCCGGGCGCGGCAGAGUUACCGGGCGAUCGCGGAACACUGCUGGGGCUCGACGUGGGCCGGACGGCUGGUUCUUGGCGCCCAGAUGCUCGAACUGCUGAUGACGUGCAUUCUGUACGUGGUGAUCUGCGGGGACCUGCUGGAGAGCAGCUUCUCAUCGGCGACCAUCAACAAAAUGGGCUGGAUGCUGCUGUGCACCGCUCUGCUGAUCCCGUGCGCGUUCAUCGAGAACCUCGUCGUGGUGUCCAAGCUUAGCUUCUGGAAUACCGUAUCUCACGUGAUCAUCAACUUGAUCGUCAUCGCCUACUGCUUCACUGAGGUUUCGUCGUGGUCUUUGUCCAGCAUCAAGUUUACUUUCGACAUCAAAAUCUUUCCCACCGUACUCGGUAUCAUCGUGUUCAGCUACACAUCGCACAUCUUUCUGCCCACAUUAGAGUACGGUAUGAAAGACCGGUCACAGUUUAAGCCGAUGCUCAUGUACAGUCAUCUUUUUGCGGCACUGUUCAAAGCGUUGUUUGCUAUAGUAGGCUAUUUGACGUUUGACGACUUCACCCAAGAGGAAGUGACCAAUAACCUACCGAGUCAGAGCUUCAAAAUCGUCAUUAACAUCAUUCUAGUCAUUAAGGCGCUGCUUUCAUAUCCGCUGCCAUAUUAUGCCAUAGUAGACCUGCUGACAAACGAGUACUUUAGGGGAAGACCACUGAGCAAGUUUCCGGUGUGCUUCUCGCCGGACGGUAGCUUGCGCGAGUGGGCUUUAGCGAUGAGAAUAUGCAUUGUUUUAUUCAUACUGUUCAUGGCCAUUUCCAUUCCCCAUUUUGCCCUUUUGAUGGGUCUGGUAGGCAAUAUAACUGGCACCAUGUUAAGCUUUAUAUGGCCGUCCAUCUUUCACCUGCAAAUGAAACGUCACCUACUGCCAAAAUAUAAAUUAUGGCUUGAUGUUUCAGUCAUAUGCAUAGGAGCAAUUUUCUGCUUGUCUGGGCUGUUCUACUCCAGCAUGGGGCUACAUCGAGCUAUUCACUACCCAAACGAAUAUUUGUGA